GCCUCAAAGCAGGAGCCGCGCAUCGGCCUCUCCUCUGACAACUGUCAGCCUCUGCUGCCACCUGCCCAGGCCUGUCACUGCGCCUCUCAGCAGGGGCAGAGAAUGAAAGAAGGCAUGUCGAAUAACAGUAAUACCAGCAUCUCCCAAGCGCGGAAGGCCGUCGAGCAGCUUAAGAUGGAAGCCUGUAUGGACAGGGUGAAGGUCUCCCAGGCAGCUGCGGACCUCCUGGCCUACUGCGAAGCCCACGUACGCGAAGACCCUCUCAUCAUACCGGUGCCUGCGUCAGAAAACCCCUUCCGAGAGAAGAAGUUCUUUUGUACCAUUCUCUGACUCCGUUCGUUAUGAAGCGUCUCCCUGUGCAUCGGGAAACUCCCCGGUAGAGCCCGCAUGUUCUUAGCUUUAGGGGUUCCAGUCACUCCCGUCCCCGGCCUCUCUUCAUCGGUUUUCUUCUCUGCGUUCAAUUUCACUACUUCUUGCCCUUCUCGUGUUAUUUGCGUCAUCGGCAAAGAAAAUCGACGUUUUUGUAACAAAUAACAAAUAAGUAUGGGUUUAAGGGUUGCAUUUCUUUCUAAACAGCCACUCCCGUAUUUAAAUACAUCGAGCUAAUACAUUGUACAUUCAAUACUACCGUAUUUAUUGAAUAAGAUAAUUUAUUGAAAAGAAAAACCGUACUUGGCAAUCCCCCCUUCACAAAUAGUUCACUAUCGAAUGAGAGCAGUUUGACCAACUAGAACACAUGGGUAAAUGUUCCUCUCUUUUCAUCCACCGGCUCUAUGUUCCCUGCUUUUCCGUCCUCCUGUUAGGAAGGAAAUGACCCACAGCGUCAAAGGGUUUCCCUAAUAUGUGUCUCACUGGGACCGUGUGGCCCGAACCCCGAUGGGGACGCAGGUCCCCAUUUCCCCCUGAUUAUCACGGGCCACUUGGGAGGUGGGCCUCCUACGAAUGUCGACACCGGGUGAAUAUUGCAGCCAGCUCAACUGUCAAUGUGCCCCAGCUGGGCCAGCCAGGGGCACCGGCUCCCCUCUCCAUGGGCCACCGCUUCCUGCUCCCCUUUUCUGGCUCCUCCUCAGUCAUUCUCACGUGGGCUGCACGGGGCCCCGCGGGGUUUCACCAGGGUGGCCCAGCACAGUGAUCUGCAGGGACAGCAGCUCACUAACCCGCUGUCCGCUGAUCUGAGCGUUGACACGCAUUCACUUAUUCCGUCCUCCGGCAAUCCGUAAAAGGCCACGAGGGCAUGUCUGUUUUACAGAGAGGAAGACGGAGGCACGGACAGAUUCUGUGCUUUCCCCAAGGCGAUCGUUAGUAAGCAGGAACACCGGGGCUUGAGCCUGGCCCCGGGGCUCCCUGAACCCCCCAGCCACG